AUGGCGCAGUCUCUUCUUCUUUCCAUCUUAAUAGUUCUUCUAACAUCAUCAUCAUUUGCACCCAUCCACGCCCGCAACAAAUCGCAGCCAAAGUCUCCUUCACCGGUAGCAGCUCCAGCGCCAGGACCGUCAACUUCUGAUUGCACCAGCGUUAUAUAUGACAUGUUUGAUUGUCUCUCGUACCUAACCCCCGGAUCAAAUGAUACUAAGCCCACGAAAGUUUGUUGUGGGGGAAUCCUAUCUGUUCUACAAUAUAAUCCUAACUGUGUUUGCGUCGGUAUAGAAAGUAGCAAAACUAUGGGGUUUGCCGUGAAUAACACGAGAGCUCGUGCCAUGCCUACGACUUGCAAACUCCCCAUUGUUGCCCCUCAUUGUGUUUCUCAAUCGGCUGGAACACCUAUGACUUCGCCAUCUUCGGUCGAGUCACCCACAUCUUCACCAUCUUUGGCUGAUUCCCCGGCCAAGACUGCACCGUCUCCCUCAAGUUCUGGUGCCCACCUCCCCUCAGUUUCAACACUGACCCUUGUUGCCGUUAUAGUUUCUUCUUCUCCACCUAAAUCCAAACUGUCGGUAAGACGAGUGUUCCUUAAGCUCCAGAACAUGGACGUCGAGCUUCAGCUUCAGUGGAUCGAUGGGCUUCUGAGUAUGAAGGAGGAUGGGGGUGUUGUUUAUUAG